AUUGAAACUUGAAAGGCACUUGUCUUAUCCUCUUGAAACUGAGACAGAAGUAAGAAAACAGGAUUGAGCCACAAGCAUCGAGAGAAAGAAAGAAAGAGCCAUUCGGUUCUCAACAGACUGUUGAUAGUUAUAAAAGUUGGUCUGAAUUGAGGUGGCAUGGAGGGCAUUCUAGUUCGCAAUUUAUGCAGUAUCUCCGGUGCUACUGUGCUUUUAGCACCACCAUCAAGACCUUCAUUUUUUUUUCAACACAAGGCCUCCUUUUCUCCUUCUAACUCUACCAUGUUUCCAUUGCUCUCUUCACUAUUCUCUGCCCCUUCUCGCUCCUUUUCUUCUGUUAUAUAUGCCACACCAGACAGCCAGUUGAGUGUUGGAGCUGAUACGGAUACGGAUACGGAUACGGAUACCAGAGAAUGGGCAAUGCAAGAUUUCUAUAGCUUAAGGAAGGAUGUCGAAACUGCCUCACAGCGUGUUGAAGAGAUGAGAGCUUCUUCCGGUCUGCAUCUAUUAGAACAAGAACUUGCAGAUUUGGAAUCUAAAGCAGCUGAUAGCUCCCUCUGGGAUGACCGUGCUAAAGCUCAAGAAACCCUGCUGGCCCUGACCGAUGUGAAAGAUAAGAUAAAGUUGCUAGCAGAAUUCAAAACCAAGGUUGAAGAGGCUGAAACUAUAGUUAAAUUAACAGAGGAGAUGGACUCCACAGAUGCUGGAUUUCUAGAAGAGGCAACUGGGAUCAUUAAAGAAUUAAAUAAGGCAUUGGAUAAGUAUGAGUUGACUCAACUUCUUUCUGGUCCUUAUGAUAAAGAAGGUGCUGUUCUAUCCAUCACAGCUGGUGCUGGCGGUACAGAUGCACAGGACUGGGCUGACAUGCUUCUCAGGAUGUAUGUGAGAUGGGGAGAGAAACAACGAUACAAGACAAAGGUGGUUGAAAGUUCACCAGGAGAGGAAGCUGGGAUUAAAUCAGCCACAGUUGAAGUUGAAGGCCGUUAUGCUUAUGGCUACCUGUCUGGGGAGAAGGGAACACACAGAAUUGUGCGGCAAUCUCCUUUUAAUUCCAAAGGUCUUCGUCAGACCAGUUUUUCUGGUGUUGAAGUCAUGCCUCUACUUCCUGAAGAGUCGAUGGACGUGGAACUACCUGAGGAGGACCUGGAAAUUAGUACUUCAAGGGCAGGUGGGAAAGGAGGGCAGAAUGUAAACAAGGUUGAAACUGCUGUCAGGAUAACUCACAUUCCCACUGGUGUAACCGUUCGCUGCACAGAAGAGAGAUCCCAGCUAUCAAACAAGAUCAAGGCUCUAAGCCGGUUAAAAGCGAAACUAUUGGUCAUAGCUGAAGAACAACGAGCAUCUGAAAUCAAGCAAAUAAGGGGAGAUGCAGUGAAGGCAGAAUGGGGCCAACAGAUAAGAAACUAUGUAUUCCAUCCAUACAAACUCGUCAAAGACGUCCGGACAGGACAUGAGACAUCAGAUAUUGCUUCUGUAAUGGAUGGCGAAUUGGAUCCCUUCAUCAGAGCUUACCUCAAGCACAAAUACAGUAUGACACUAUCUGCAAGUGAGCCUAAUUGACACUUAAGCAACUCCAUGGGAAGCUACCGAUCAGUUAGCCAUGCAGCAGUCUCUAUCUUCUGAAGUAAUAUAAUUUUUUGUAUGAAGAACUGUGUAUCAAAGGGAAAUGUUUGUAUAUCAAAACAAAAUCAGAUUAGCGUGGCCA